CUCAAAUCAACAUCACACCAUGCCAUCACAAAGACAAGCCAUCCAUGCAUCUUCAGCACCAAAGCCCAAUGGCAAUUACUCCCAUGUAGUACGCGAGGGCAAUACAUUACAUAUAGCUGGUUGGAUGGGUGAUGAUCCAACUACUGGUGAUAUCGUCCCGGGAGGUAUAGAAGCACAAACGCAUCGCGCAAUCCUCAACAUAAAAGCCUGCCUCCUCGCCGCAAACUCCUCCCUGGACAAAAUCGUCCGCAGAAGAAUAUACCUCAUGAAAAUGUCCGAUUUCCGCAAAGUGGAUGAGAUAUGGGCCGAAUAUUUCGAGGAACCGUAUCCCGUGAGCACGUGCGUGCAAGUUUCGGGUUUGGCCAAGGAGGGCGCGUUGGUGGAGUUGGAAGUUGUGGCGCAGGCGUGA